CCGGAGCCCGGGGCCCGCCAUGGGCCGCCCCGGGCGGGGCGUGCUCCGGCCGCUGGCGCUGCUGUUGCUGCUGCUGCGGCUCCAGCAUCUUGCGGCGGCGGCAGAUCCACUGCUCGGCGGCCAAGGGCCGGUCAAAGAAUGCGAAGAGGACCAGUUCCGGUGCCGGAACGAACGCUGCAUCCCCUCUGUGUGGAGAUGCGAUGAGGACGAUGACUGCUCCGACAACAGCGACGAGGACGACUGCCCCAAGAAGACCUGUAUGGACAACGACUUCACCUGUGACAACGGCCAGUGCAUCCCCGAGCGGUGGAAGUGUGAUGGCGAGGAGGAGUGUUCUGACGGCUCUGAUGAGUUCGAGGCCACCUGCACCAAGCAAGUGUGUCCUGCAGAGAAGCUGAGCUGUGGACCCACCAGCCACAAGUGUGUGCCCGCCUCGUGGCGCUGCGAUGGAGAGAAGGACUGCGAGAGUGGAGCAGAUGAGGCCGGCUGUGCCAUCUUGUGCGCCCCGCACGAGUUCCGGUGCGGCAACCGCUCUUGCCUGGCCGCCGUGUUCGUGUGCGACGGCGACGACGACUGCGGCGACGGCAGCGACGAGCUUGGUUGUGAUGACCCGAACUGCGGGCCCCACGAGUUCCGCUGCGGCGGCGACAGCGGCGCCUGCAUCCCCGGGCGCUGGGUCUGCGACCGCCAGUUCGACUGUGACGACCGCUCAGACGAGGCGGCCGACCUCUGCGGCCGCGCGGUUGUGGGGACCACGUCCGCCCCCGAUGUCUGCGCCGCCUCCUCCCAGUUCGCCUGCCGCAGCGGCGAGUGCAUCCACCCGGGCUGGCGAUGCGAUGGCGACUACGACUGCAAGGACAAAUCGGACGAGGCCGACUGCCCACUGGGGACCUGCCCUGGAGACGAGUUCCAGUGUGGGGAUGGGACCUGUGUCCCUGCCAUCAAGCGCUGCAACCAGGAACAGGACUGUCCAGAUGGGAGUGAUGAAGCUGGCUGCCUGAAGGAGUCAACGUGUGAGGGUCCCCGCAGAUUUCAGUGUAAGAGUGGAGAGUGCGUGGACGGCGGGAAAGUGUGUGAUGCUCAAAGGGAUUGCCGGGACUGGUCGGAUGAGCCUCUGAAAGAGUGUGGGCUGAACGAGUGUCUGCACAACAAUGGCGGCUGCUCCCACAUCUGCACUGACCUCAAGAUUGGCUUUGAGUGCACCUGCCCCGCGGGCUACCGGCUCCUGGACCAGAAGACCUGUGGUGACAUCGAUGAGUGUGAGGACCCGGACGCUUGCAGCCAGAUCUGUGUCAAUUACAAGGGCUACUUUAAGUGCGAGUGCCACCCUGGCUAUGAGAUGGACACGCUGACCAAGAACUGCAAGGCUGUCGCCGGCAGAAGCCCGUCCCUGAUCUUCACCAACCGGCAUGAAGUGCGGAGGAUAGACCUGGUGAAGCGUGACUACUCACGCCUCAUCCCCAUGCUCAAGAACGUUGUGGCGCUGGACGUCGAAGUGGCCACCAAUCGCAUCUACUGGUGUGACCUCUCUUACCGCAAGAUCUAUGGCGCCUACAUGGACAAGGCCAGUGACCCAGCAGAGCAGGAGGUCCUCAUUGACGAGCAGCUGCACUCUCCAGAGGGCCUGGCCGUGGACUGGGUCCACAAGCACAUCUACUGGACUGACUCGGGCAACAAGACCAUCUCAGUGGCCACAGUUGAUGGCGGCCGCCGAUGCACUCUUUUCAGCCAUGACCUCAGUGAACCCCGGGCCAUCGCCGUUGACCCCCUGCGAGGGUUUAUGUAUUGGUCUGACUGGGGGUACCAGGCCAAGAUUGAGAAGUCUGGGCUCAACGGUGUGGACCGGCAAACACUGGUGUCAGACAAUAUUGAGUGGCCCAAUGGAAUCACCCUGGAUUUGCUGAACCAGCGCUUAUACUGGGUAGACUCCAAGCUGCACCAGCUGUCCAGCAUUGACUUCAGUGGAGGCAACAGAAAGAUGCUGAUUUCCUCCCCUGACUUCCUGAGCCACCCUUUUGGGAUAGCUGUGUUUGAGGACAAAGUGUUCUGGACAGACUUGGAGAAUGAGGCCAUUUUCAGCGCAAAUCGGCUCAAUGGCCUGGAUAUCUCCGUCCUAGCUGAGAACCUCAAUAACCCACAUGACAUUGUCAUCUUCCAUGAGCUGAAGCAGCCAAGAGCUACAGAUGCCUGUGAGCUGAGUGCCCAGCCCAAUGGAGGCUGUGAGUACCUGUGCCUUCCUGCUCCCCAGAUCUCCAGCCACAAGUACACCUGUGCCUGUCCUGACACAAUGUGGCUGGGCCCAGACAUGAAGAGGUGUUACCGAGCACCUCAAUCUACCUCAACUACGACGUCAGCCUCUACUACCAUGAGGACACGGGAUACCACAAGAGCCCCUGGGACCACCAUCCACAGCCCCACCUACCAGAACCACAGCACAGAGACAGCAAGCCUGGCCGCUGCGGUCCCAAGCUCAGUUAAUGUCCGCAGGGCUCCCAGCAUUAGCCCGUCUACCCCAAGCCCUGCAACCAGCAACCACUCCCAGCAUUAUGGGAAUGAAGACGGCAAGAUGGGCUCAACAGUCACUGCUGCUGUCAUUGGGAUCAUCGUGCCCAUGGCUGUAAUCGCCCUGCUGUGCAUGAGUGGCUACCUGAUCUGGAGAAACUGGAAGCGGAAGAACACCAAAAGCAUGAAUUUUGACAACCCAGUGUAUAGGAAAACAACAGAAGAGGAGGACGAAGAUGAGCUGCACAUAGGGAGGACCGCUCAGAUUGGCCACGUCUAUCCUGCAGCAAUCAGCAGCUUUGAUCGCCCACUGUGGGCAGAGCCCUGUCUUGGGGAGACCAGAGAACUGGAAGACCCAACCCCUGCCCUCAAGGAGCUUUUUGUCUUGCCGGGGGAACCAAGGUCACAGCUGCACCAACUCCCGAAGAACCCUCUUUCCGAGCUGCCUGUCGUCAAGUGCAAGCGAGUGGCAUUAAGCCUUGAAGAUGAUGGACUGCCCUGAGGAUGGGACCACUCCCUUCGUGCCUCACGGAAUUGGGUUCCAUGCACCACACUCUCUGGAUGGUGUGUGCCUGGAAGGAAGGGUUUCUGUUUGUGGGUCUGUGUGAGUGAAUGCGCGCGUGCGUGCGUGCGUGCGUGCGUGUGUGUGAUUUGUUUUUUUUUAAUUUAUGUUGCGGAAAGGUAACCACAAAGUUAUGAUGAACUGCAAACAUCCAAAGGAUGUGAGAGUUUUUAUAUGUAUAAUGUUUUAUACACUUUUUAACUGGUUGCACUACCCAUGAGGAAUUCAUGGAAUGGCUACUGCUGAGUGACUAACAUGAUGUACAUAACCAAAUGGGGCCGAUGGUACAGUAGCUUACUCAUCAUUUUAAAACUAUAUUUACAGAGAGUAUUUGGUUUUGGGGGGAUUUUUUAGGUUUUGGAGUUUUGAGGUUUUUUUGUAAAUAAAAUAAUUAUGCUUUGUGGUAUCCAUCAACAUAAAAAAAAAACCCACUUCGACUCCCUCCCCCAUUUAGAUUAUUUAUUAACAUAUUUCAAAAAUAAGAUUAGUUCUAUAAAUAAUUUAGAGACAUGAGAGUAUUUAUUUUUGGUAUGAUUGGCCCCCCACAUGGAUUCUGUGUAUGCUUAUGCGUGAGUGUGAGAGAGAAAAAUCUAGAGAAGAGGCGCAACUAUGGCUGUUCGAAUAUAUAAAGAUAAAUAUAUUUUAAAAUAAUCCACAAGAGAGGUAUCAGUUGUUUUCAGAGAAGCCUUUGGAAAUUUGGCUCAGAAACCAGAUACCAUGGUUUGUGCAAACAUGUAUUGGAAGAGACAGAAUCUUUUCCACGUCUGGCUAUUCCUGGGACCCCCAAUCAGUCAGGAAAAGCCCUUCAGCUCACCCAUGGCUACUGUGACUCUUAUCUGGGCUCUCUGUUCUGUGGCUAAGGCCAGUGUACAGACUUUACACAGUGCCAGAAGUUCUCGAGUGCUCAGGUGAGAACAUACCUGAACCUUAGCUACUCCUUGUUUUAAAGUUUAGCAUUUCGAGUAACUUCAUUUUCCUUCAAGACACUUGUGUUGAAUUCAUUAAGGUUGCUCUGAAGCACCCUGAGGGUGCCUUCCUUACUUAUAGAGAGCUAAGUGGAGAUGUUUCCCGAACAGCCCAAGUUUACUGUAGGGAUUGGCUGAGGCAUUAAACCUCUGAGAUAUGCUAUGUAUGGUGGACAGAGGAACUGGUUUUGUUACAUCUCCAUUUCUCCCUUCCCCUUACUCUCUGCCAUUUCCUUUAGGUGGGGAAAAGUAAGACCUAGGUUUGUUACCAUAAUGUGUUCACACAGAUGAAACUAAUUUUUGGCUUAAGUCAGAACAAGUGGCCAAAACGAAAGUCCUAUUUGAGGGGGAAAUGGCAUACGCAAUAUCAUAGUGCAUCGGCUAUAUAUGUCCACACAGGGAUUUGGUUUACUGCUUUGUAAAUAAAAGGAAAAACUCUAGGUAUAUGUACAGGGGUUUUUUGGUUUUUUUCACUGUGGACACUUUCUUUGCUUUUCCUGGGCUUUGGGGGAGGCAGGGAGAAGUGCUGUUUUCUCUUUGGGGGUCUACCAUUGAAAACAUAAUUCUACAGUCCCAGAAGGAAUUCAGUCCCUGCUGGCUCUCAUCCAAGGUGCGGUCUUUUCUUAAUUCUGCUACUUCACUCCCACUGGACAACCAGGGACAAAGUGUGACACAUAAGUGUUUGGCUUAUGUAGGAGCAGAGGACAUGUAUCUAACCUUAACAUAUCUGGAGCUUGACACAUUUAAGCAAAUUCUUCCCACCUAUGCCCCAGCUGCCCUCAACUCAGUGAAGCUUGGAUGGAUGUCUCACCAGCGUGCUACCCUUUGAAUUUCCAGGCAGACUUUCUGGAAUUCUAUCACCUAGUUCCUAGGACCUUUCUCUACAUCAUUCAUGGUCUCCUAACUUUUGAGAAAACUGUGUUCUGGAGCCUGGGCACUAUACUUUGCAUAAAAAGCAAUUUCCUCAUGAUAUGUAUGUGUUGAAACAUUCACUGAGAGAGUAAAUGCAAUUGACCUGGAAUGACCAUUACCAAAUAGAAUUUUUAAAAUGGAUGGCCAACUCCUAUGGAGCUUAAUCACUUACUAUUAUUCUUUCAAGAAUGGAAAGUCAAAUUAUUUUUGACUGAAGAAAAAUGAUGAAAGUGAAAAAUCAUUGAAAUGUACCUAAAACCAGCAACAUUUUCUGUAACCUGCCUCCAAAGAAAUAGAAUUUCCUGGGGAAAUGAUAACAGUGACUAAUGCGUAAUUAUCUAAACUUUCAGUCAGAUCCUGGCCUUCAUGGAAAAAUAUAAUAAAUGGGGUCAGGAUGAUUCAGCCCAAGAUUCCAAAACGAUGAUGAACCACAACUUUCUCAGAGACACCCAUGAUUUCCGAAUAUGCUACAACUGCAAAGAGGCAGCUAUGGGAACAACCU